CAAGCAUGGAGCGAAAGAAUAGAAAUAAGGUCAAAGUCUCAGUUUGGGAUGUCUUCGUCACUGGCCGUACUGCGCGAAGCCUGAACAGGCCCAAAGUGGUCUAUGUUCCGGUAGGUUGUCAUCCUAAAAACUUCAACCAAACAUUACCUGCCCAGAAACAUAACUUGCGACUUUAUAUUCGCUACAGUAUUGCAUAAUAAUGACCAUCAUUUAUAGCAGUAUCAACCGGUUGUGGCCAUGCCACAGGGGUUUGUGCCUCUAGUCGCAGCUCCACCUCCUCCAGUUGGAGUAGCUCAGCCUCCUCUAUUUCCCACAGAAUUCGCUCCUUACGGGCUCCCAAUACCAGAAGAAGCAAAUCCUGUAGAACACAAAACGGAAACAUUGCCAGAGAGUGAAGCAAAACCGGAGGCUCCGAAGACUGAGCAGGCAAAGGCGGAUGGGGCAAAAGAAGAGGCCACAAAAGAAGCAGCCGCGACAACAAAUACAGUCUCCUGGGACGGGGAGAAAGAUGCACAGCUUCUCAAAUAUAAAGAUGACAAUCGGAGUUGGAAGCAAAUAAGCGCGUUAUUGGAUAUUAGUGUCAGUGAGCUGCGGCGAAGGUUUAAAGAGUUGAAGCAGCAGCAGCAGGGAGGAACAGAAACAAAUCCCGAUGCUUCGAAGCAAGCUUCCUCGAGCGCAGAGGAAGCAAAGCCAUCCGGCGAGCCGGAGCAAAAGGAAGCACCUCCUAUUCAGCAGCAGGCUACGGCCGUUCCCGGGAUUGACCGGUACAUCUAUCUCGCUGAAGAUGACAUAUUCUCCAUAGAGGAAACCCUCCUACUUCUCAAAAUUGCUCAACAAUAUGACGAGGAUAAGUGGCUGACGGUUUCAUCACGAUUUUAUGAUCAUACGGGACGGAGGGUUCAUCCUGAUGACGUGCGUGCAAAGAUUGGCUAGACAUUCAAAUGUUUCCGUUAUGUUCUGCAAAGCAACAAAACGGAUGACCAAGCAGAGAAGUAUCUCAACAAGCACCAGAACGAGAUUUUCUGGGACUAAUUCUGAUAAUUCUGUCGAGCUGUUCUUGCUUUUUCCUCCUUGAUAGAGUGCGCAGAAAAAAGAAAAGAAAAGGAUAGAAGUAAAAAUCAUAACAACCUAGUCCAAAAAAGCAAUAGAUAGGCAAA